CGUAGUCAGACUUAGGUUAACGAUAUUAUGCAUAACUGAGUAAAAUUAAAGCUGCUUCAAGUUUAUUGAAAGAUUAUCCAAGCGUUACUUAUAGUUUUACGUAAAUCUAAUAGGAGAUACAUCUAGAUUCUAGAAGUAGAUCUAAAUAUAGACUAGAUCUUAAGAAUUCUAAUUCAGAAGUCUAGGUCUAGUGUUAGAUCUAAAGUCCAUAUAAUGUAAAUGUAUAAUGUAAAUUCCAAUUAAUAAUCGCAACAGUACGCAUUGCCCGCUGUCCGAAUAGGUAACAUCGUACGUUCACACAGCUAAAGGUGUCCAAAUCAUGGGCUCGAUACCCGGGUCACUGUGUUCCACUUCAUUGUUCUGAUGGAAAACUUCUUGUCAACGCCAGAUGUCACACGGCCCUGCCACUGAUUCGAGGACUUGGCUAUCAUCUACAAGUUUGGCUGACUCAUCAAUUAAAUAGCACAAGAGCAGAGUUUUUUAAUUCAACAUUAACACUUGCGUCAGAAUUAUUAAGUUCUCUCAAACAAGAGCUCACCUUUAUAUUGAAACCAGUCUCCGCUGGAUAUAAUCUGUAUAUCUGUGUUUUCCUUGAUAACUACACCAAUCAGUCUGAUAUGUUGAUGACAUAUUUUAUAUCUGGAGACUUAAUAGCUGAUGUCAAUUUGAACAGAGAUAGUUUUGAGGAGUUUAUUUUAGGCAAUUUAUCGGAGCUGAAUCUUAACGCAGUGUUUGUACCUGAAGAAAGUCUAGUUGAUCCAUACUGUAGCACCUCACACCUGGUCAGUGUACUGAGCAGUGCUGACUUCUUUAGUAAGAAUGAGGACAUCAUUUACCAAUCUGAUCAUUUUCUCAGACUUUGCCCAGCGUUGACCUGCAGUUUUGUGACGUUUGACAGGGGCCAAUUUGACGUCACUUUUGUUACUAAUAACAUUCCUCCAAGAGUGAAGAUCAUUGUUGACGCCAAUAUGACCAAGGUCAACAUCUCUGAUGUCGAAGACCUAAACAUGGUGCAGAUCACUGAGGAUGGAAACUUGAACAUAUGCCAUGAAGUACUGGACAGGGAGUUCAAGAGCAUCAUGUCCAAGAAAGUUCAAGUAUCAUCACGUGAGACUGGACUCUCCAGAGUUAAAUACUUAAUGAACCUAAUUCUAGUGUGUGUCUCUAUGCUGGCUCUGACUCUGACUAUAAUCACUUACCUGAAGUUUCCAUCACUGCAAAACUUGGCUGGAAGAAACAACAUAUUUUUAUGUUUCACACUUUUAUUGGCUCAGCUGUUUCUCAUUGUUGGCUCAGAGAUUACAACAAUAGGCCCAGUGUGUACGACAAUUGGAGUGUGCAUACACUUCUGCUGGAUCUGGGCUUUUACCUGGACCUUCAUUUGCAGCUACUCAAUGUUCAAAGUGUUCACAUCAAAGACAAGACCUUCCCAUAAAUCAAACAGUCUAAAACUACAAACAAUCAAAAGAUUUCUUAUUUCUCUGGCCGUUCCCAUCGUGAUCAUUGCAUCUGUUGUAAUAAUCUCCAUGGUGACAACAAACGGACACGAUAUCGGCUAUGGAACUACGUCAUGUUUCUUGGAUACAGCGAUUCUUACUGCUCUUUCAGUCGUUGUCCCUCUUGCACUCAUCGUGAUCAUCAACCUGCUGUUUCUCUUCAUUACUAUUGGAACUAUUUAUAAAAUUCGCAAAUUUCAGUCUUUAGAGGCCAACAGGAAAGACAACCUUAAAAAUCUAUUCAUCUACAUCAAGUUAUCUUCCAUGACUGGAGGUUUUUGGCUACUAGGAAUCAUUGCAACUGCUACCCAAAGUGAUAUCAUAGAAUUUAUUUCCAUUCUACUCAAUGGCCUGCAAGGUUGUUUUAUUUUCUUAUCUUACAUAUGUAACAGACGAGUACUGAGUCUGUAUCUACCUGAGCAGAAACCAGAAAAGACAAGCAUUGUUUCUACCAAUAUGUCGUCAGAACUUAAAUGUAUAUCUCAGUAGGCUAGGUCACCGCAGAUCCAUUUUAGAAAAUUCGUUUUGAUAUUUUUUGGCCAAUGUCCCAAGUAAAUUAAUAAAAAUAAUUACCCAAUUAUAUUUUUUUUUGUGUGGUUAACUAAACAAAAAUAUAAAGUAUCAUAAAAUUUGAUCAUUUCAAAUUAGUACAAAAAAUUUUAUCACAGACGUAUAGGCCUGCAUUGAAGAGCUAAUCACAGAUGUGGAUACAUGAGAACUUCCUUCAUGCGGCUCUUGAAACUUUCCAUGACGUUGUACUGUCCACAGUGUGGUGAAGACGACCAAGGAAAAUAUCUGAUGUUAGAAAUAUUUAUUGAUAGUGUAAAUUGCGAGUGUGUAUUAAAAAUUAGAGUUUCCAAUCUUUUUCAACAAUGGAGACCUGGAUUAACCCAUCUCAGAUAUUGUAUUGGAUAUAAAAAUAAAAAACAUUGAAAAUAAUAAGAACUAGAGAAAUUUUUUGAUUCAGUGAUGUAGCUAUAGAAAUUUACCAUCAUUUAGGGCCGGAGGGCUUGACCUCUUUGGAGCCUUUGCAUUUUGCUUAAUAUUUAAUGUAAAAAAACUAUUUGAACACCCAGUUGGGGCCCAGGGGGAUUUUCAAAUUUUCACCCGACCCCAUCCUUAG